AUGCUCAAGGUCCCCGAUCACCAGGUUGCUGGACACAAAGCUGGUAAUGGGAAGCUUGGUCCCCUUGUAGAUGACUCCGGACAUUUCUACAAACCUCUUCAGGGUGAUGAGCGUGGAUCCAAUGAAGUUUCUUUCUAUGCAUCAUUUUCUUCAAACACCAGGAUCCCGGGCCACAUUCGCAGAUUCUUUCCGAAUUUUUAUGGCACUCAGCUUGUAGAGGCCUCCGAUGGAUCUGGCUUGCAACCUCAUCUUGUUUUGCAAGAUCUUACUUUAGGUCGAGUCAAUCCAUCAAUAAUGGACAUUAAAAUUGGUUCAAGAACUUGGCCUCCUCAAGCAACCAAGGAUUACAUCAGUAAGUGUUUGAAGAAAGAUAGAGAAAGUUCUAGCAUUCCAUUAGGAUUCAGGUUUUCAGGGUUGCAAAUUUAUGAAAGCAGAGAAUUGGGAUUCUGGAAGCCUGGGAAGAGGUCUAUUAAGUGUCUUUCAGCUGAUGAAGUUAAAUUAAUUCUGAGAAAGUUUGUUUCUUCUCAUGCGUCUGAAGAAAUGGAUUCAAAACCAGAUUGCACUUUUGCGUCAGUUGUUUAUGGUGGUUCAGCUGGUAUUUUAGCACAGUUAUUGGAGUUAAAAGCAUGGUUUGAGGAUCAAACCAUUUAUCAUUUUUAUUCUUGUUCUGUUCUUAUGACAUACGAAAAGGAGCUAAUAUCAAAUGGAAAGAGCCCAAAUGCAGAGAUCAAGCUCGUUGAUUUUGCACACGUUGUUGAAGGCAAGGGCGUUAUUGACCACAACUUCUUGGGUGGGCUCUGCUCGUUGAUAAAGUUCAUUUCUGAGAUCCUUACCACACCAGACGAGUGCACAACUGAAUCUUCUUCAGAAGAUUUUCGGAAGAAUAGGAUUUCUGAGGACGGUGCGCCUUGA